GGGGAAUCUCCGCCGCCGGGCAGGAUGUCCUGCUGCUGGUGCUGCUGAGCAGGGCGAGGAGGGGAAUCGUGCAAGAUGUCGCUGCUGCUGCGCCUUGGCUGGAGGUGAGCGCGCCGCGGAGGAGCGAGUCCUCUGUGCGCCCCGGCGAUGUUCCCCGCCGCCCGCGAGGCCGCGCCGCCGGCCGGACCCCCCCAGAGCCCGGAGACGCCGACGACGCCUCCGACGACGCCGGGGGUCUGCUGCCCUGCCUUGGCCGAGCUGAGCGACGCCGAGCUGGGCGUGUGCAGCAAGGAGGAGCUGGUGCGCCGCUUGCGCCACGAGGAGGCCGAGAAGCUGGCGGCGCUGGUGCAGCGCGGCCGGCUCAUCCAGGGCGUCAACCGGCAGCUGCAGGAGCACCUCCGCGAGAUCCGCGAGCUGAAGGCCGUCAACGGGCGCCUGCAGACCGAGAACCGCGAGCUGCGCGACCUGUGCUGCUUCCUCGACGAGGACCGCCUGAAGGCCAAGCGCCUGGCGCGCCACUGGCAGCUCUUCGGGCACCACGCGGCGCAGGUGCUGCGCGACGAGGUGGCCGCCUGCCUGCGCAAGCUGGCCGGCCUCGAGGGCCUCCAGGAGCGCCUGGCCAAGGACAACCUGGAGCUCAAGGAGCUCUGCCUGGCCCUGGAGGAGGAGUGCGCCUCCGCCCGGCCCGACGCCAGCCCCAGCCCCGGCGGAGGCUCCUCCGAGCUCAACCUGCCCUGCGGGCCCCGCGACUUGGGCGACGGCAGCUCCAGCACCGGCAGCGUCGGCAGCCCCGACCAGCUGCACCCUGCCUGCACCCCCGACGACUGAACCCGCUGCCCGGCCCGUCGACUCGGGUCAGCCAGGACAGGGCGCCCGGCCUUCCUCGCCUUCUCUUCCCAUCCCCAGCCCCU